CCUCCCCCCCCCCCCCCAACUUUUUUCUUGCAUGAUUUCCCUGGCACGGAUUUGCCAUUCGGAUGUCGUUGCAUCGGGAGCGGAGCUGGGAGCCGCUCUGAACCUGCCUCCUCUCCAGUGCUAUGACAGGCAAACUCGUGGAGAAGCUGCCGGGGACCAUGAACACUUUGAUGAACCAGUUGCCUGACAAUCUGUACCCCGAGGAGAUCCCCAACUCUCUGAACCUCUUCUCCGGCAACAGCGAGUCCGUGGCUCACUACAACCAGAUGGCUGCAGACAAUGUGAUGGACAUAGGCUUGGCGAGCGAGAAGCCGAGCCAGGAGCUGUCGUCCUACUCGGGCACUUUCCAGCCCGCGCCCGGCAACAAGACCGUGACCUACCUGGGGAAAUUCGCCUUCGACUCCCCGUCCAACUGGUGCCAGGACAACAUCAUCAGCCUCAUGAGCGCGGGGCUGCUGGGGGUGCCGCCCUCCUCCAGCGCCAUCACCAGCACCCAGACGUCGGCGGCCAGCAUGGUGCAGCCGCAGGGCGACGUGGAGCAGAUGUACCCCGCGCUGCCGCCCUACUCCGCCUGCGGCGACCUGUACCCGGAGCCCGUGGCCUUCCACGACCCGCAGGGCAACGCCGGCCUGCCCUACUCGCCGCAGGACUACCAGGCGGCCAAGAUGCCCGACUUCCCCAUGCUGCCCGACUACAACCUGUACCACCACCCCGGCGACAUGGGCGCGCUGCCCGAGCACAAGCCCUUCCAGGGCCUGGACCCGCUGCGCGUGAACCCUCCCCCCAUCACGCCGCUGGAGACCAUCAAAGCCUUCAAGGACAAGCAGAUCCACCCGGGCUUCGGCGGGCUGCAGCAGCCGCCGCUGGCCCUCAAGCCCAUCCGGCCGCGCAAGUACCCGAACCGGCCCAGCAAGACGCCGCUGCACGAGCGGCCGCACGCCUGCCCGGCCGAGGGCUGCGACCGCCGCUUCUCGCGCUCCGACGAGCUGACGCGGCACCUGCGGAUCCACACGGGCCACAAGCCCUUCCAGUGCCGCAUCUGCAUGCGGAGCUUCAGCCGCAGCGACCACCUCACCACGCACAUCCGCACGCACACGGGCGAGAAGCCCUUCGCCUGCGAGUUCUGCGGCCGCAAGUUCGCGCGCAGCGACGAGCGCAAGCGGCACGCCAAGAUCCACCUCAAGCAGAAGGAGAAGAAGGGCGACAAGGGCCCCGCCGCCGCCGCCGCCGCCUCGCCGCCCGCCGCGCUGGCCCCCGCGGUCACCACCUGCGCCUGAGCGCGGCCGCCGCCCCGCGCAUCGUCUUGAUCCGCAGGGACGCGGAGCCGGGCCCGCCGGGGCUCGGCACAGCGUGGCCUUCCCCUCGGGGCUCUUCCACACAUGCCUAGGAUGCUGCCGCCGCCGCCGCUUCUUGUCUCCCCGCUCCGACGUGCAGGGCCGCCCCGCUUCCCCCAGCCCGGCCAGGCCUCCCCCGAGGGAGCGGAGCCGGGCGCCGGGCGGCACGAGCCGGGGGCAGGAGGGCAGCUCCCCGCCGCCUCCCUCCCGCUCCGCCGGGCAGAGCUUGCCGCCGCCUCUGCUCUUGUCAACCGUAGGUUGCAACUGGGGACAGAGAGAGAGGGGGGUGUGGAAACCGCCCCCCACCCCCCAAUAAAACUCUAUCCAGUAUGCACUCCUUCAUGUCACUGUCGGCUUGCUACUACGGUACGGACCCGAGAGAGAGAGAGAGAGAAAAUCUCAGUCUUUUACAGCUUUAACGCUUUAUUUUUUGGAGAGAGAAAAUAACUGUGAGGCGUCCAAGAGUCGCUCCAAACUUUCCUCCAGAGGGAAGGCGGGGGCAGCCCCGACCCCCCCUCCCAGGUGUCCUCUGUGAGCAGCUCUGAAUGUACUUGGCCAAGGGGAAGUAGGGCUGUUGAGCAGCUUUCAUCAAAGAUCUGACUGAAUGUACUGUUGUUACCUAUUCAAUCUUCCCCCCCUCCCCCCGUGGCUCUUAUACUGUUGGGGUGGGGUGUGGGGGAUGGAUUUGAGUUUACAGGGUGUCUAAUUUUAAAGUCACUUUAUGCAUCUUUCCCCACCCCCCCCACCCUUUAAUUUUUUUAUUUUCUUUUUUUUUUUUCUUUUUCUAAAGCACCAGGUUUUGGUUUUUGGUUUUUUGGUUUCCCUGUUGGAUUAUGGUGGAUGUAAAUGGACUAACUACUAGCUCCUGGAAAAAAUAAAAUUAAAAAAAAAAAAGCAAACUAAAAGGGAAGUGGGUUCUGAAUUUCCAGGUACUCCUCGCUUAAUUUUGGGCUGAGGGUGUAUCGCUGGGGAGGAUGGGAGGGAUGAUGUUACAGGGCAUGGUUUUUUCAGCAGAAGGGAAAUUCUUUACAGAAAACAGUAUUUUGCUGAAUACUUUUUAUAAUGUGAUAUAUUUUUAUUUUGUUUUAUUUGGUCACUUGCAAACAACAACACCAACAACCACAAAAGAAAAACCAAGGAGGAGAAAUCAAUUAGUCCUCAAUAUUUUUUUUCCUUUCUCCUUCUGGUAUGUGCAUGUCACUGCAUGACUAUUCUGAUUUCUUUCUUCUUUUGUUUUAAUAAAACUGUGCUCAGACAUUUAAGCUAAACUAAGCAAAAAUAAUAAUUAUUAAAAAAAAAAAAAUCUUUGUUGCCAAAAGGUCGUGCUAUCCAGGUUUGAUGUCUGCAUGUGAAAAAAAAAAAGUAAAAACAUACAAAAAAUAAAGGAGAAGAGAGAGGAUGCAGUCUAAUUUAUGUGAACUGAAAGGAACAAAAACAAAAUCAGGUUUAACCACACAAACCUAAGGGAAUGAUAUUUUUUGAAAGACUUUUGUAUAAAGUUGAGUACUUAGAGAAAAAAAAAAUCAUACCAGAUGUAAUAUAUUUUGUGGAUGUUUUUAUUUCUUGGAUUUAUAGUACCUUAUACUAAGGUUAAAAAAAAUUAUGCUUGAUAUUGUGAAAAGGUGAUAAUUUUCACACACAUUUCAUUUGCUCAUUUGUCACGUUGUAAUGCAAAGAUGAUAGUUAAUGCAUACAGCAUUUUUAAGAAAAAAAAUCAGAAACAUUGAACUGAUGUAUUGUUGUACCAUUUGCACUGUGAGCAAAUGCUAAUGCAGUAAAUAUAUUGUGUUUGCUGACAAUCAAA